CAAAAUCAAAAAGCAAAAAUUGUCGUAAAAUCGACUUCCCGUGUGCCUUUUUUUCGCAGAAAAAAUAUAUAAAAGAUUAUAGAACACUGUGUUUGAAUAGUUAAAAUUUUAGCAGUGAUACAAUAUAAAAGUAACAAUGGUUAUAGCGGACGUUUUCCCCGAGGAUAAGCUGCCGCAAUGCUGGUCAGACGACGUGCGAAUGAACGCACUUUUCGCCCCUUUCCGUUUAAAGUCCGCCAACCCUGAGUCCUGGGAGAUGAAGAUGAAGUUCUGGUCUGACAUGGUGCGGCAAUGGUGUCGGUGUAAGAUGGACCCCAUAGUGUCUGCCGCGGAUGUUAGAUGCGUGUUCCAAAGACGAGGAAGGACCGCUGCGUGUAUUGAUAUAGUUAUUGAGGAAAUGUUUAGGAGUGGAGAACUAUCACCCAUCACAAAGUAUCAACAAAUUUUACACAAUGGCCCAGAAGGAUGGGUGAAAUGGGGUGCCCGCCUUGCAUUUAGGCCUGCCGCCUUUGCCUUGACCGCUGUCACUUCUUUGCUGCCCGCUAGACAAGCCACUGAUUCUAAUGGGUUACCUAAAGCUAGCAUAGAUUCUACACAAAGAUUUGUGCUAGAAAGUGCAGUAAAAGACCAAGCCACAGAGUUCCUAAACAACUUUCCACCAGGAGAAGAUCGUAUAGGCACCAUAGAGGAGCUGAUGAGGAGCAGCGGCCACAUCAACCGAGAAGUGUUUGAGAUAUUCCUGGGCUACUUGGUGGCUCAGGGGAUGGCCGUCAAACAGGGGGAUGUUGUUAAACUUGCUGAACCAAAUAAGAAAGUCACUCCAGUAACAGAAUUAGAUGAGGCGCUAGUUAAACUGAUGUCGACUGAGACGCGACUGUCGGGCGAUAUGGCGCGAUUGUCGCGCGAUGUCGCGACAGCGGAAGUUGAAGCGAGGGCGGCUCUGAAACUGGGCAACAAACUAGUUGCAAGGAACCACCUGCGCAAAAAGCUUAAAGCCCAACAACGGCUCGACAGAUGCGAAGCGGCCUUAGAGAACAUACGAGAGCUCAUACAACAAGCCAAGAAUACUGACUUCAACACCGCAGUUGUAGAUACUUACAGAACAAGUGCGCAAGCGAUGAAGAGUACGAUGAAAGAUGGUGGUCUAGAAGAAGACUCUGUUCACGACACAAUGGAUAAUCUCAAAGAGGUAAUGGACAGCUAUAAUGAAGUGGAGAAAGCCCUGGGAGGAACCCUGGAUGACCUGGACACAGCGGAACUGGAACAGGAGUUGAACGACUUGCUAGCCGGUUCCGGCAACUCUGGUGGAACUCCAGGCAAGGAAGACAGGACGAGUGUCGGUCCUAAACUCCCCACCCCGCCAGCGGAAACGCCGAGGAAACCCGGGCGGAGAGCAGAAAGGGAUUACAUAUUUGAUGGAGAAGAACAGAUGUUAGCGGACCUCAACAAGCUCGAUGAUGGUUCUGGGAGGAAGCUUGCAGCAGCCGAAGCAGUAGAAGAAACAGAACCACUACCAGAAUCCAAGCCAAAGAAAAAAGAGAAACCAUCUCGCGAUUGGUACCCCACCAACCAGAACGUCUCCGACACCUGGAGCAACAAGCUGGACAGCCUGGCCGAGGACUACGGGGAGCUGCGCCAGGACAACCGCCUGCAUCCAGGCCAACCCCUAGAUGUGGACUUCUCAACCCCGCCUCAGCACUACGGCGCGGAGUUCCAAGUGCGGGACCACAAGUCAGCCAACGGCGUGUGGCUCUUCAACAGCAAAGACGCCGACAACCUCACCCCCAGCACGGAGUACAGCAGUAUGGAAAGCCCCGGAAAAUCAUCAUGCGGGAACUUCCAAAUGGCGCCUGGAGGUGAACGGAAGAAACCAGACCCCUGGCCUAAGGACGACAACCUCGAGGACCUGGAGAGGAGAUUGAAGAACCUUCGAGGGUUCAACCUAUAGGCAUAGAGUCAGGAUAUGAUAUACUAGCUGAUGCCCGCGUCUUCGUCCGCGUAGAUAGAUAGAUAGAAAACUUUGCACAUCAUCACUUUCCAUCAAGUGU